CGCUUCAGUUGCAUCCCUGAGUCACAUACGAACAGUCGACGAAAUUCUAUCCGAGAGUGAAGUACGCGAAACGAUUUUUUUUUAUUCAAGUCCGUGCCCCGGUGCAGGAGAUUUCAACGCGCGAACAGAACGUUACUAACUAUCAAACGAAAAAGAGAAUUUAAAGUUUGACAGAAAAAAAUGGCUGAUCAACGAAUUUUAUCAAUUUUAUAUGUUGGGAUUCUUUGGGGAUGCGUUUUGGGACUUCAGAGACCAGCGCCGAGAUAUUCUCAGCAAUUAAUGCCAGACACCUCGUUUACUUGCCAACACAAAAUCGUAGGUAGUUAUUACGCAGAUCCCGAAACUGAUUGCCAACUUUUCCACGUCUGCGUCUCGGUCGCUGGAAGCAUCCAGGAUUACCGAUUCUUGUGUCCUAACGACACAGCUUUUGACCAGGAAAGUCAAACCUGCGCGGAUUGGUACGACGUAGACUGCGAGGCAGCGACUUUGUACUACGCAAGCGAUAAUUUCGAUCUUUAUAGGCUUGGAUCAGGCCUAGAAUCUCUGCAUUAUGAUAGCGUGCGGAACGACGUUGAGCCCCUGGAUCAUCUGCAGCGUAGCGAAUCAAGCGACCCAGUUAGAUCUUCUAUCAAUAAUUUGAACAGAGCAGCAGCAGCUAAUCCAAACGAUAACAACAAUAAUCGGGAUAUAUUGAGGGGUAGCAGCAGCAGCAAUUUCUACAACAACCGCAAUAACGGCAAAGAAGACGAUUAUGAUAACGAUAAAGUGUACAGGGAAGGGUCGGCCGUCGAGUCAAAAAGGAAGCAAGGCGUGAGAAAAGUCGCCCGGAAACAGCAAUACAAUAAUAACAACAACAACCUUGUUCCAACAACGGUCAGUCCGGCUCCAACUUACGACAAUCAGAAUAGAAAUAAUUAUCAGAACAAUGCGGGUAACUACCAGAACGGUAACAACUUCAAUCAGAGGCAAAGGACUAGUACAUUAGUCCCGUCCUCAUCCGCUCGCCCCUACGAAGAACCGCAAGAAAAUAAUUUCGGCAGGAUAAAUAACAAUAACCAGAACAAUAAUCAUCAAAGAAACAGCAACAAUAACGCACCGUCAACUUUCAGACCUACAACUACGAAUUCUUACCAAGAAAAUACCUACACCAACCAGCAAAAGAACUACAACAAUUUCAAUAGCAACAAAUUCACCACUAAUCAACAGCAGAACUACGGAAGCACAAACUUCGAUCAAACUCCAGCCAUCGGCACAACCCUCAGACCAUCGGAAUACAACACAAACGUUAACAACAAGAAGAAGAUCACGGAACAACAGCCUUUUACCAAACAAUACAACAAUAAUCAGUACAAUCAGUACACCGCACAGUCGACCACCCCCAGGGCCACCACGAGCUUCCAGUCGACGGAUUUCACCGCUUACCAGCAAAAAAAUUAUAACAAUAUUCAAAGGACAACCAACGCUGGUUCUACUUAUCAAACAACCACAUCUGCAUCCACGUUCUAUGACGAUUAUGCUACAGCAGGAAGAACCAGUGACACCCAAACUACCAACAAAGCUUAUACCACCAGACAACAGGAAUUUACCCAAACUACACCGAGAUUUACUAAUAACUAUGCUGGAAGUAGCUACAUCCCAACUACUUAUAGUCCGGUGACCAAAAAACCAAUCAGCGCAAAUAACAAUAACAAUAGAGACAACGAUCAGUACACCGGGCAAUAUGAUACAGCAAGAACAACUAACGGUGGUCAAUAUCGUGCGGAGAAAUCUGCUACAGCUGAAAUCUAUAGGAAUACCCAGGUGUACGAUACCGCGAGAACCAAUGCGAAUAAUAACAAUAAUAAUGGACAAUACCCAAAAAAAGCUACGCAAUAUAAUAACUACAAUACGGAAUCAAACUUCGAUGGAACUACCAAGAGCUUUGAUAACUUUGAUCUGACGAGGGCAGCUUCGGUCGCAGGAUUCAGCCCUGCUAGUGUGAACAAGCUAGCUGAAAGCCCCGUUACAUUGAGAUCAACCACCCCUUUUGCGAGAAGAACGGUUUACAGCAGUCCAAAUACCCAGAGGCCCAAUUCGGCGGCAACCGAUUUCGAAUCACAAACGACGCCAAAUUCGAGAACGGGAAGUUAUGUGAGCGCGACUCCGAGGCCGUUCACUUCGACGCCGAGAUCUGUACAGAACUCGGUACCCACAACAACAGUUACUCCCAAGACGGGGAAAAAGAAUGAUUACGAUUACGCGUAUUAUGACAACGCCGGCACGCUGGAAUAUGAUGGUUUAGAUCUCGAACAGGUCACGGGCUCUAGGGAUUCCGCAAAACUUUCUAGAAAUUGAUGCGGUUUAAGUGAAGGGGGCAAAAGCUUUGUUUCUAAAAAGGCGUCGUGUACUUUUUUAUCAAUGCUGCAGUUUAUCAAUCCAUACGUAUCAGUUUAUAUAGGUACGUAUGUGGUAUUGUUAUUCACGUGGAACGAAUGAUUGUAUGCAAUUAUUUUUUUUAGGUCUAGAUUUUUAUCAAUCGAUCAGUAAAGUUUGAUCCAAUCUACGAUCCGCUAAUUUUUAUACAGUAUAAAUAUAGAUUUAAGAUGUGUUUUUGUUAGGCACUUACUCUUCGAUCGCAUAUUGUCCCGCGCAAUCGAUUUAAAGAAUAACGUAAAUCUUGUUCAGCAGUAUUUUAGUAUUUUAGUACCUAAUCAAACUAUCCUGACAAACAAACAGAAAAUUUUUCAUAUAUAUUCGUUUGUAAAUAGGUUGCUCAUGCUACCGGGUGUACAUAUUUUAUGUAUUUUAAUAAAAAGAAAGAAAUAAAUACUGUCCAAAACUU